AUGACGGGGCGGGCGCGGUCUCGGGGAGGAGCGGCCGAGCCCAGGCAGCACCCCCUCCAGAGACCCCCCCCCUCAUCUGAUCAAGGGUGCCGCGUCUGCGCCAGCUCACAGGUGUGGUGCAGAGGGCCAAUGAGCUGCGCGGAGAGGGAACAGGCAAGAGGCUCCUCCUCGGUCAUCAGUAACGACGAUGACUCCGCCAGCCCUCUUCAUCACGUAUCCAACGGCAACAACACCCCUUCGUCCUCGGAGAUGGGUCCGGACGCCGUGAUCAUCGGCAUGACAAAGAUUCCCGUCAUCGAGAAUCCGCAAUACUUCCGCAACUCGGGCAGCAUGCUGAAAUCUGACACCUUUGUGCAGCACAUCAAGAGACACAACAUCGUUCUGAAGCGGGAGCUCGGAGAGGGGGCGUUCGGGAAGGUGUUCCUCGCCGAGUGUUACAACCUGACCCCAGAUCAGGAGAAAAUCCACGUGGCCGUCAAG